UGCAAAGAAGGGAAAGGGUGCGUUUCGUUUCGUUUCGUUUUCAUCGCAACAAAACCUCUUUUCAUUUCUUUAUGUAGCUUAAAGAGCCUCGCUCGCUUCUUCAUCUUGUUUGGAGUACACUUCUCUUCUUCUCCGAUCAGGAUAAAUGAGAUGGCCUCUUCGCAAAAUGUUGAAUUGGAGGCAGCUAAGUUUCUGCACAAACUCAUCCAAGAUUCUAAAGAUGAGCCAGCUAAGUUGGCUACUAAACUCUACGUGAUACUACAACACAUGAAAUCAAGUGGGAAGGAGCAUUCAAUGCCAUAUCAAGUGAUAUCAAGGGCAAUGGAGACUGUCAUCAAUCAGCAUAAUCUUGAUAUUGAAGCAUUGAAGUCUUCACGUCCUCCUUCUGGUGCUGGCAGUUCUCAAAUAGGAACUUCACAAGCAGUGGGUGUUGCUACGGAUUCAAGAGCAGCGUUGCCUGAAAAUGUGAUGCCCAAACUGGAUUCCUUCGCUUCUGGCCGGCCCCCAGUUUCCCCAAGUAGUGGAGCACCUGAUCACUAUCAAGGAUCUGCGGCUCAGAGGAGUGGUCAGUCUUUUGAUCAUGGAAGUCCGUGUAGUUUAGAUUCUAGGUCUGCUAACUCACAAUCACAUGAUAGACGAGAUACUACUAAUUUGGACAAACAGGUGAAUCAAAAGGAUGGUAAAAAAGCUACCUCAAAGAGAAAGAGGGGGGAUACAUUGUCACCUGCAGAACCACACGUUGACAUUCCUUCUCGUCUUGAUCAGCGAAAUACUGCUAAUACGAGGAAGGGUAAAAUGACCAAGGCUGAGUCAUCAGAUGGUCUUCCAGUUAGAAGUGGAGAGCUGACUAACUUUAACAGGGUUCCAAGUAGUAGUCAAAUGCAAAGGGCCAACCAAGAAGGCCCAACAAAGAUUGGCAAUCCAGUGCCAUGUGCUCCGAAUUCUAAAUAUCCAGAAGAUACAGAGGUUUCCUCUGCUCAUAUUGCUUCUGGUAAACUUCAAGGUGCUCAUCCUAUGGUUCAUGGAGGGAUGGGGGUUGCCACUAGUGCAUACGCAAUGACUGAAUCAGUUCUCUCAAGUUCAAUGCGGCAUGGUGGGAUGCUUGGGCAUGAUAGUGGAAGUUCUACUACUUCUGCUGAUGAACAUAAAAUAGGCCAGACUGACAGGCAUAGUAGUAACUCAGAAAUGACUAUGCUUAGACAAGGAGUUCCUCCCAGGAAUAUGGCAAGAUCCACAGUCAGUGAAUCAUCUGGUGUGCCUUUCAAAGAACAACAGUUGAAACAGCUCCGAGCUCAGUGCCUUGUUUUUCUAGCAUUUAGAAAUGGUUUAGCACCAAAGCAACUACAUCUUGAAAUUGCUCUUGGAACCGCAUUUUCUAGAGAAGGAAAGGAUCAUACUGACCACAAAGGAAAGUCACAAUCUUCUGUUGAAUUGGGUACCUCAUCAGGGGUCAUGAUGCCUUUUGGAGGUCUGAACAAUAUGAGACAACCUGAUAAUAACUCUUCAGGGUCCCCUUCUGCUGGAAAAUCUCUGGAAGCUACGUCAUUCUCCAAGGGAACUGAGAGUGCAAUAAUGACUGGGGACAAAGGUAUUCUUUCUGAAGAAAGGAAACAUCUCCUAGCUGUCAAAAAAGUAGAGCUUGAAAAGCAAAUUCAAGAAAGAGCUGGUGCACAAGCUUCGUCAGCUACUUCUUUUCAGCAGCAAGAUUCCUCCAGUACAAAGGGUGAUGUUGACAGUGGUAAUCUUCAGGUUGGACUGUCCAACCGACCUUCCUCUGUCAUUGGGCUGAAUAAGCAGAUGAAUCCUGAGAUAAAUGGCUUUACCGGAUUCGCUAGUUCUGAUGAGGCUUCAGAAGGACCCUCGCAAGUCUCUUCUCUUCAGCAUGAGUUGCCAAUAGAAAGAAGAGACAAUGUUGUUAAUCAGUUUCAAAAUAGUGGUGGUUCUCGAAACCAUCAUUCUCUAAACCACUUGACGUAUGCUUUGAAAGAGCACUGGAAACCUGUUCCAGGGACUGGCAUUGAUCCCCAGGGAGCAAGCUUGAUGAAGGAUGCAGAUUUAUUAGCGAAAAAUGUUUCUUUUUCAGAUGGGUUCAAAACAGUUCCUGUUAAUGAUGCCUCAAGACAUGAUGCCACUUUUCCUACGGACAUAGAAGGGAAUGGGAGGUUACCUCCUCCAAAAUAUACAAUGUCAGGAAGAUGGAUUAUGGAUCAGCAGAAAAAGAGGCUUCUAGUUCAGCAAAACUGGGUACAAAAACAGCAAAAAACAAAGCAAAUAAUGACCACCUGUUUCCUCAAGCUAAAGGAAAAUGUGAGCUCAUCCGAGGAUAUAUCUGCUAAAACAAAAAGCGUCAUAGAGUUGAAGAAACUUCAAUUAUUAGACCUCCAACGCCGUCUCCGCAGUGAUUUUUUGAAUGAUUUCUUCAAACCAAUUACAACUGAGAUGGAACAGUUGAAAUCGGUUAAGAAACUUUUAUUUGGUGAAGAAAUAUAGCUAUAUAGCUUUUUCUUUUCUAAAAUUUUUAUUUUAUUUUUUAUGGAAAAGCUUGAUGAUGUGUUCAAAAUCAAGAGGGAACGGUGGAAGGGUGUCAAUAGAUAUGUGAAAGAGUACCAUAAAAGAAAAGAGCGCAUUCAUCGUGAAAAGAUUGAUAGGAUCCAGCGGGAGAAGAUUAAUUUGUUGAAAAUAAACGAUGUGGAAGGUUAUCUUCGGAUGGUUCAGGAUGCAAAAUCUGAUCGUGUGAAGCAACUUCUUAAAGAGACUGAGAAGUAUCUCCAAAAGCUUGGUUCCAAGCUACAAGAAGCAAAGACUGCAGCAGGUCGCUUUGAACAUGAUAUUGAUGAGGCACGAUGUGGCAGUUUUCUUGAUAAGAGUGAAUCUACUCUUGAAAAUGAGGAUGAAGGUGAUCAGGCCAAGCAUUAUCUGGAAAGCAAUGAGAAAUAUUAUAUGAUGGCACACAGUGUAAAGGAGAGCAUUGCAGAGCAGCCAUCUUGUUUGAAGGGCGGAAAAUUGAGGGAGUAUCAAAUGAAUGGCCUGAGGUGGCUUGUUUCCUUAUAUAACAACCACUUGAAUGGAAUCCUUGCAGAUGAAAUGGGACUGGGUAAAACUGUUCAGGUUAUUUCUCUAAUUUGCUACCUGAUGGAAAGUAAAAAUGAUAGGGGGCCAUUUCUUGUGGUUGUGCCCUCUUCAGUUCUACCUGGUUGGGAUUCAGAAAUCAACUUUUGGGCUCCUGAUGUACAUAAAAUUGUCUAUGCUGGACCACCUGAGGAGCGACGUCGGUUAUUUAAGGACAGGAUUGUUCACCAGAAAUUCAAUGUCCUCCUGACAACAUAUGAAUAUCUAAUGAACAAGCAUGACAGACCAAAGCUUAGCAAAAUACACUGGCAUUAUAUAAUAAUUGAUGAGGGCCACCGCAUAAAAAAUGCUUCUUGCAAGUUGAAUGCUGACUUAAAACACUAUCAGAGCUCUCAUAGAUUGUUGUUAACUGGAACUCCAUUGCAGAACAAUCUUGAGGAACUAUGGGCGCUACUUAACUUCUUGUUACCUAACAUAUUUAAUUCAUCUGAGGAUUUUUCCCAGUGGUUUAAUAAGCCAUUUGAGAGUGCUGGAGAUAACUCACCAGAUGAAGCCUUACUAUCCGAGGAGGAGAACCUCUUGAUCAUCAAUCGUCUGCACCAAGUUCUGAGACCAUUCGUACUUCGGAGGCUUAAACACAAGGUUGAAAAUGAACUUCCCGAAAAGAUUGAAAGACUUGUAAGAUGUGAGGCUUCUGCUUAUCAAAAACUUUUGAUGAAGAGAGUGGAAGAAAAUCUUGGCUCUAUUGGCACAACAAAGGCACGGUCGGUGCACAACUCUGUCAUGGAGCUUCGUAAUAUCUGCAAUCAUCCAUAUCUCAGCCAGCUUCAUGCAGAGGAGGUGGAUAACUUUAUACCUAGGCAUUAUCUGCCCCCAAUUAUUAGACUUUGUGGGAAGCUUGAGAUGUUGGACCGUAUUUUACCUAAAUUGAAGGCAGCAGAUCAUCGGGUUCUUUUCUUCUCAACAAUGACUAGGCUUCUUGAUGUUAUGGAGGAAUACUUAACUCUUAAACAGCAUCGGUACCUUCGGCUGGAUGGGCAUACCUCGGGAGGUGAUCGUGGGGCCCUAAUAGACCUGUUUAACCAACCUGGUUCUCCAUAUUUUAUAUUUUUGCUGAGCAUUCGUGCUGGUGGCGUUGGAGUGAAUCUUCAAGCUGCUGACACAGUGAUUAUAUUUGACACUGACUGGAAUCCACAGGUUGACCUGCAAGCACAAGCAAGGGCUCAUAGAAUUGGUCAGAAGAAGGAUGUUUUAGUACUUCGAUUUGAAACAGUUCAAACUGUUGAAGAACAAGUCAGAGCUUCUGCUGAGCACAAACUGGGAGUUGCUAAUCAGAGCAUUACUGCUGGGUUUUUUGACAAUAAUACAAGUGCUGAGGACCGAAGAGAAUACUUGGAAUCCCUCCUGCGUGAGUCUAAGAAAGAGGAAGCGGCACCUGUAUUGGAUGAUGAUGCUUUAAAUGAUCUCUUAGCACGCAGUGAAGCAGAAAUAGAUGUGUUUGAGGCUGUUGACCAAAAAAGGCGCGAAGAUGAGAUGGCUACAUGGAAGAAGUUGGUAUCUGGGCCAGCAACUGAUGGUUCUGAGCCUAUUCCUACCCUUCCUUCACGUCUAGUUACAGAUGAAGACUUGAAACAAUUCUAUGAAGCGAUGAAGAUAUCCGAUGUGUCCAAGGAUGAAGUAGCAUCUAACGGAAUCAAGAGGAAGAGUGGAACUCCUGGGAGCCUUGAUACUCAACAUUACGGAAGGGGAAAACGUGCAAGAGAGGUGCGUUCCUAUGAAGAACAAUGGACAGAGGAGGAGUUUGAUAAGAUGUGUAAAGCUGAAUCUCCUGGAUCACCGAAAGUAAUGGAAGAAGUGAUAGAGUCAAAUUGCAAAACAAAUGCUUCUAGCUUUGCUGCAACUGCUUCUGUCACGGAGACUGCAGUGGUGCCUCCGGUGGCCCCUGUAACAUCAUCUCUUGGGAGUUUGCCUGUGCAUAAAGUCAAAGAUAUAACACCACCUGCUAAACGUGGACGUGGCAGGCCAAGAAGAAUAACCUCAGAUAAGUUGCCUGUAACUGCAGUCCCUCUGGCUACUUCUGUAACUGUUGAAGUGGACAUGCAGGUAAAGGAAGGGACUUUGCUUGGUCAAGUAGUAUCGUCAACUCCCGAAUCUAUUUCUCAUUCUUCUGAAGUUAUUGGUGUGAGUGGACCUGCACAGCAGUCUGCUACUGGUGUUUCUCCUAAUCUGACAACUCCACCCAACUCUCAAGCAGAGGGUACUACUGUUUCUGUGCCAAUACAAACAAGAGGACAAGGCCGGAAAUCUCAAGGUGGAGGGGAGGCAACUAGACGUAGAGGGAAGAAGCAGGUUCUAGUGUUGUCUCCUGUACCUGGGGUUUCUAUUGGUCCUGAUUUAAAGAUGAAUGAGCAGUUGGAACACAAACCCCUGAAUCCAUCUGCUGGUGAAGCUAUCUCCCAAGGUGACACUGUUUCCUCCAGUGCUACAGUACAACAUUCAAGUACAGAACCGGGUUCUGUGACUUUAAGCAGUGGAGGUGAUAAUAAAUCUGGUGUUGGGAUUGCUCUGAGUUCUCAGCAGCCCCUUCCUUUGUCCUCUGUUACUCCUGUGCCUCAAACUGUUCCUACUUAUCCUUCUGUACCUAUACAAAAUGAUGGGCAACAUCAGAAGCCUCAAAAUGGAUCAGGAGCUCCCCGACGCAGGGGAAAGAAAAAAGCAAUGGUAUUGCCUAUUCCAGAUGUUUCAGGUAGUCAGAAUUUGCACCUUACUUCCAAUUUACAAAGCUCAUCAGGCAAUAUAUUACAUGAUAAAGCCACGGAGUUGAAAAGCUUGCAAGAUAGCCUUGUUCAGGAAUCACAGAGUGUUGUCCAAGAUCAUGCAUCACAUAGUAUUGGUGAUAAGGAUUUAAAAUCAACUGAAGUAUCUGGUGAUAUAGCCAAUAAGGCAUUGGUUGAAUCAACAACUGAAGAUAAUACCAAAAGAUCUCCUGGGUUGGAAAUAGAGAAGGUUCAGAAUUCUGAUAUGCAUGGUUCUGCUUCCAUCCAUUUAUCCAAUACCCUUGUUCUGGAGAAUUCAAGGAACAAAAGUUUCUGUGGCUCAACCUUGCCUGUUACAGAGGUUACAAGGGACCAACAAUUGGAGGCGAAAACUCAUCACUGUGAUGAAGCUUCAAAACCUGAUACUUUUCCAGUCCAUUCUACAAAAGAAACAAAAGGAAGUUCUAACAAGGCUGUAGAACCUAUGGCUGCACAAGCAGUUCCCAAUGCAUCAGACAAUGCUUAUCCUUCCAUAUCAGGCUCUGAAUCCAUUCAGCCAUGCCCACCUGAAUCCAUGCCAGUUAAAAGGCAAGGCCGUAAAACUCAAAAUAGAGUGGAGCCACCCCGGCGUAGGGGGAGAAAAUCAUCUUCGGCAGCUCCUGUUGUUUCUGAUUCCCUUGCUAACCAGGAUCCUAAUUUAAAUAAUGAUUUUCAGAAGUCAUCAGUAGAAUCAUCCGUGGGUAAAGUCGCUACAGAUGUCGCUCAAGCUCAAGCAUUUCAGAUCCUUUUGCCCAGUGGAGGCGCUGCUCAUGAUUUAAACACAAAAGAGGGAGCUGCCAUUUCUUCUCUAAACAAGCAGCAAAAAGUUGCACCAGGAAGGGUUGAUAGUGCACCAGUAUCCUCAGAUAAGAUUACUGCUUUUGGCCGAAUGCAAAAUGUCAAUGAUGUGGCUAGGGUUAUGAAAGAAGUUUUCUCUGGAACCUGCUUGCCAAAGCCUAAAGCAGCAGAUUCUGCUGCCGGCGAACUCUCAAAAACUAAUACUACAAUUGAUUCCAUGAAUACCCAGUUGAAUGCUGAUAAAGCAGGUUAUGAUAUAACAAAUGCGGAAGCAGCAUGUCUAACUCCAGGCAUUGCUGUGAACAUACAAGAAAAACAAUCAGAGGGGGAAUUCAAUAAUCAGAAAUUGGAGGACAAAGCAAGUUCAGAUAUACCAAAUACUGGAGUAGUGGAUGUCUCCAAUAACAUGUGUUUGCAGGAUAAAGCAGGUAAGGAGCUUGACAAGCAAUCUGAAGUAUCUGACAUGCAGAUUCUUGAGAGCAAAGAAAAUUCCGAUAUGCCAACUACUGGAGCAGUGAACAGAAAUGAAAGACAAUUAGAGGAAACAUCCACUACUCUGUAUCUUGAAGGUAAAGCAGCGUCAGACAAGCCAACUACAGGAGUAGUGGAUGCCUUCAAUUUUCAGUGUUCAGAGAAUAAAACUGAUUCUGAUAUGUCUGCUACUGAAGCAGAAUUUUUAAUUUCAGACCUUCCAGUGAAUACGCAUGAAAAGCAAUCUGUGGAAGCAUUGAAUAUUCGGAAUCUGGAGGAUAAAGCAAGUUUGGAUAUACUAACUACUGAAGCAGCCUGCCCAGACUUGGACCAUGCGGUUAACAAAUAUGACAAGGAAGUAAUGGAGGCACCGAAUAUUCAGAUUUUGGAGGAUAAAGUGAAUUCCGAUAUGCCAACUGCUGGAGUAGUGGUUACAUCGAAUGACCAGUUUUUGGAGGAUAAAGCUGGAAUGGAUGAACCUACUUCUGGAGCAGCUUGUCUAACUUCAGAUCUUUCAAUUAAUCAGUGUGAACAAUUGGAGGAAGCUUCCAGCAUUCAGAAGCCGGAUGUUGAAUCAAGUUCAGAUGUGCCAGCUACUGGGGGAGUGAGUGCCUCCAAUAUCCAAUGUUCAGAGGAUAAAGCAUAUUCUGAGAUAUCAGCUGGUGAAGAUGGAUGUACGACUGUGGACCUUGCAGUGAGCGGGAAAGAAAAACAAUCAGAGGAGGAAUCCAAUAUUCAGAAUCUGGGGAAUAAAAUAAGUUCGGAUAUGCCAACCACUGGAGCAUUGUGCUUGACUCCAAUCAUUCCUACAGAUGGGAAUGUGCAGCUGUCUGGGCCUCCAUCUGAUCAAGAAAUAACUGCUUUGAAUGAGCCCCUACCUAGUGCUAUGGAGGUUGACACCCCCAUUUGUGAUGAUAUCAAAGAAAAGCAAGACCAUAUUCAACAUUGUACUAAAACUUAUUCUAAUCAGAGUGAAGUGGAGGCUCUUGAUGCAACUCCACUUAGUUCUGCAGUAAGGACUGAGUGUCUGUCUGAAUCAUGUACAAAGUCUUCACCUCUUGCUUCUUCUGGUGAAAAUAUGUCUGAUCAACCACAAGUGAUCCCAUCCUGCCCUCUGACUCCCACCGUUUCUAAGGAAUUGGUAAAUUCUCCUAUUUCUGAAUCUUGUGAAAUCAAUUACAGAAAUGAAGUCAAUUGUUCAAUGCAAGAUUCUGAUUUGCUGGAGCGAGAGUCUCAGAUGACAGUUGGAAAUAAUUCUCAAAAUGCAUUAGAACUUGUUAUAGAACAAAAUGCUUUAUCACCUUUGGAAACGGAGGCCCCCAAUGUUGCAUUAAGUGGGAAGUAUUCAGAUGCUUUAAAACAUGCUGAGUUGCAUGAGAAUCCAUUAGUUAAGAGCUGUUCACAAUCCCUCUCUGAGGGGGAAAUGAACAUGGGGGAUUCCAUAUGUGAACAACCUGUCUCUGCUGUUGAUAAAUCUUCUAAUAUUGACCCAGUUCCCGAGGAAAAUGUGAUAUCCCCAGCAGCUAUUGGCGAUACCAAUGUUGAUUCUUCUGAGGUUUGCCCAAUGGACAUUGUCACAUCUGUGAGUAACCAAGUUACAAUUGUGCAGGACAAUGAGGUUGUGGCAAAGAGUUCUCCACAGAAUGUAGAUACGUUCUCAGCAGAUGAGGUGGAAAAAAUCAUAGAUCAAUCUCCUGAUGAACCUGUUGAUAGGUCAGUCUUACAACAAACAUCAGGGUCAAAAGCUGUGGCCAAUUCUUCAGUGGAUGCUUCUCAGUCUGUCCUUGUGGAAGAGAGAACCAUAUCUGAAACUGCAAUUUUACCCUCGUCCUCUUUUAGCAUAGAGGAUAACAAGGUGUCAUCCAAAACCUGUGCAAUUAGUAACUCUGAAACUCUGGAAGAGGCAAUGGAGGAGGGUGCGACUGACCGCUCUGAAUUCCUGCCCCCAGAGAAAGGUGCAGAGGAGAGCUGUAGGAAUGCCACUGAGGUUCCCUCUACAGUUCCAGUGCUGCUUCAGGAAUCGAUUGAUUCUGAAGGUGACCACCGUGAUCAAGGCAAGUCACAGGUUGGUGGGAUACCUGAAAAUCAGGAAACUGGAAUGCUUGCUGCUCCUAAAACAUCUGAGGGGGGGAAUGAGGUUGAGACCUUUUCUGAUAAAGGUCCACUAGGAUCAUCUGAUGCAUUGGAUGAAUCAAAAGGAUUAGCUGAUAUGGAGAAUCAGACAGAAGCCAUUCAGAACCAUGCUGCUGAAAUUGAUGUCCCAUGCACAUCUGCAUCAGGGGACAAGGCCGAGGGUGAACCUAAAGGAUUAGCUGAGAUGGAUGUCCCGUGUUUGUCUGCAUCAGGGGUUAAGGCCGAGGGUGAAUCUAAAGAAGUAGCUGAUAUGGAGAAUCGGGCGGAAGCCAUUCAAAACUGUGCUGCUGAGAUGGAUGUCCCAUGUACAUCUGCACCAGGGGACAAGGCCGAGGGUGAAUCUAAAGGAUUAGCUGAUAUGGAGAAUCUGGCAGAAGCCAUUCAAAAUUGUGCUGCUGAGAUGGAUGUCCCGUGUGUGUCUUCACCAGGGGACAAGGCCGAGGGUGAAUAUAAAGGAUUAGCUGAUAUGGAGAAUGAGGUAGAAACCAUUGAGAGCUGUGCUGCUGAGAUGGAAGUGUCAUGUUCCUCUGCAUCAGGGGACAAGGCAGAGGGUGAGAAUGCUUUAGUUGGCACCAAGGAAAAAAUUCUGGUGUCAGAAGACACUGAAGCUUUUGCAGUUGAUGAAACAGAUGUUUCUAAUGGCAGUCCAGCUGUGCCCGAAACAGCAUCAGCCAAUGGGGCUCCACUUCCAUGUUCUUCGCUGAGAGUGGGUGAACCUUUGGUGGGGCAUGAUACUAAAGGAACUGAAACUGGUGUCGCCAACCAUGAUAAUCAAGCCAUACGGCAAAAUGCUCUGAAAGAUGCAGAAGAGUGCUCUUCUUCUGCAGCCGCUGACAUAAUUGAAAAGAGCUCACCUCAGAAGGAUGUCAUUGAAUCUUCUCCGUUGCUGCCGCUGGAAACAUCUGUUGAUGGGGUUCCACCUCCAUGCUCUUCAGUUGCUGAGGGCGAACGUGUAGAGAGUUUGUCAGAUGAGGCUUUGGUUGAUUCUGCUGUGAAGCUUGGUACUAAAAAUUCUGAAGCUUCCCAGGAUAAUCUAGUUUUGCAAGAAAAUGCAUUGAACGAAAUGGAAAAAACCCUUCCUUCAGCAACUGAGGAUAGAGUUGCAGUGUGCUCACCUGAGAAGGAUAAUUUAACUGCUUGCUCAGAAGCACCCCAGGAAUCUGAAAAGUCUGAAAAUGUGCAGAACCGGUCUGAGGAAGAACCUGGCCAGAGUUCAGUGGCUGAAGAAACCAAAAAAGACUGAAACUAAUUGUAAUCAACUAAUCAUUAUUACACAAUUUGAAUAUAACUAUAUUUUGAUAUUUAAAAUAUCCAUCAAUUUAUAAUCAUUUUUUCAUAUAAUUCAAAUAUUGAAUAGAUUGUAAAGCCGAGUAUAAAGCAUCCUAACAUUAGCUUAUGAACCAUAUUGUAAUUGAUGAGUCUAAUAUGUAAUAAACUAAAAUGAUAAUCUAUUUAGAGAAA